UUUUUUCUCUGUAAAAGAUCAGCCAAUAUAUAUAGAAUCAAAGUACUUUGCGUUUUUCUACAGUGAUGAUAUAGGAGACGUUGUGAGGGAGAGACUGGAGCCGCCGCCACCACUCGGCCCGACACUCAGACACUCCUCACCACAAUGUUAUUCUACUCGUUUUUCAAGUCCCUAAUUGGGAAAGACGUUGUGGUUGAACUGAAGAAUGAUUUAAGUAUUUGUGGCACGCUUCAUUCAGUCGACCAAUACCUGAACAUCAAGCUUACUGAUAUUAAUGUCACCGAUACAGAGAAAUACCCACACAUGUUGUCUGUAAAAAACUGCUUUAUUCGUGGCUCAGUGGUUCGGUAUGUACAGUUGCCGGUCGAUGAAGUAGACACACAGCUGCUUCAAGAUGCAGCAAGGAGAGAAGCUCAACAGCAACGGCAGUAGUUUGUAAAUUAUGUGUAUUAUUAUUUUCAAUGCUAUUUAAAGGUGUAAUAACAUCUUUAUAUUCAGAUAACGUGUUCUAAUGAAUUUUAUUUCUUAAUUUUUUUUUGUAAUACAGUACACAAGUUGGAAAUACUGUACUAGUACUGUACAGUAUUUUCCAGUACUGUGUAUUUCCAAAUACAGUACAGGUACUAGAAAAAAUGUUUCCAAAUUGGAAAUAUUUGUCUUGGAUAUUACUGUUUUCCAGUAUCAGUUUUUAUUUUAUCACACAAUAAAGAUUGGGGGGUGAUUUUGCUACAUAAUUUUCUUGUAAAUUAGGUUGAAUAAUUAAACAGGCCAGAUAUAGGUGUUACCUAGACUGGGUUGUAUGUGUUGAUCUUACCACAAUUGAUAAAUUGUUUUAAGUACAGUAUAAAUAAAUGUUAACUUGGGUUUGCCAUUUAUGUAAGUUAUGAAUGCUGCUUAAAAGAAAAGAGUUUAAUUAGUUGUUGAUACAGUAAUAAAAUUUGUUGUUCAUAUUAGUAAAAUCUUGUAAUUACAGCAGAAUGUUUAGAAAUUUCCUAAUAUGCUUUGUAAUUACAAAUUUUAUUGAUCAUUUUGGGUGCAAAUUUAAUGUGCAUUAUGCAGUGGUCAGUACUUAUUCUGAUAAGUAAUUUAAUGAUGCUGUUUGCAGUACAGUACAAUACUGUAUUAAAAAAUAUAUAUAUAUUUUUAUUUGCCAUACUCCCCGAAGUGCUAAUAUCCAAUACUGUACUGUACUUUGUACUGCAUUAUAUCAAAGUUGUAAAUUAGGUUGUACAGUGGAACCUCUAUAUUUGUCAGCCCCUAUAUUCAUCAGAUUCAAUAUUCUUCACAUAAUUGGUGACAAAAAACUUUCCCUAUUUCUUACCAUCCCUACUACCGACAUUAAGGAAAUGCUGUCCAAUUAGGCUAAAAUGCAAAAUAUGGUUGAAAAUGACACCCAAACAUUGCCAUAGGUAAUCAAAACAUAAAUGCAGGCAGUGAUAAUGUGAUUUUCUACUUCAGGAAAGUUUAAAAAACAGACAGACAACAUUGGACAAGUUCUUUGCUAAACAGUGCACUAGUGAAUUGUCGGCAAAGGGAAUCAAAUAAUGAUCACCAGAAUUGGAGUUGCCUGAUGUUUUAAUGGGAAGUGACUCCCCUUCUAAACAAUAAUUCCUUUAAAAUCAUAAUGAAAUAAUUUCUUUCCUCCUCUUCAGCUUCUACCAUCAUCUCUCCUUAGUACGGUAAAGGUAAAGUUAUGGCUAAAUUGUUAUUUAUUUUUGUAUUUUGGGGGGCUGGGAUGGUUUACAGUAAUUGAAUUUUAGUUAUUUCUCAUAGGAAAAUUGUUUCCACGUUCGUCAUGCCCUCGGGAGCAGAUUAAUGACAAAUAUAGAGGCUUCACUAUAAUUGAUUGGAAAUGCUGAUAAUAAUACCCAAGGUGUGGCUGCAGGAAAUGCUUUGACCCUCAUCACUUGGCCAAAAAAAAAAAAAUAGAUAGAAGUAAUGAUGACAAGUGACCUUGAUACAAAGAGUCAGAACCCGUCACCCUGUGUUGCGUCAAAUUGGUUAAUAAAAAGUCGGAAAUUCUCUGGAUCGAAAAA